CCCCGCCCACCCGGCGCUGCACUGCCUGCCGCCUGCAGUCUGCACUGAGGGAGCAGCGUGCCCACACGGCAAGGACUAACAGCAACACCCGCACUGUUACCUUCAUGCUCUUUUAUCAUCGAAAACAGACCUCAUGUCGACUCAAUGCAGCAAGAUGUACCACUCCGACCAUGCCGUUGACUUCCCCGACCUCUCCUUCCAAGUCCCCGGCAGCCCUGCAGAACUAAACCCAUCAAACACAGUCUGAACACAGUCUUCUACUUACCUAACUUCCCUUUCAACCGCACAGAGCCUUCCUCUGCUCCAGUCCCUCUUCCUGGACCAUGGAUAGCCCUCCCAAGCUGUCAGGAGAGACCCUGAUCGUUCAUCACAUCCCCCUGGUGCACUGCCAGGUGUCAGGUGGGCGGAAGGGCGGUUGCGGGAGCUCCCUGAAGAAGGGCAACCCAUUUAGCCAACCGGAGAACCUGGGCUUGAGUCGCACCACUUCGCUUCCCGAGAGAGACGUGCUCCAGAGAGAGGCGCUGCUCUACAGCAGCCUGAUCCAGACUUCCAGCGGCCCCUGGUCCUCCAAAAACAGAGGAAGAGAGAGGAAGGGUGGGGGGAAGGGAGGCAGCACCGGGAGUGAUGAUUCAUCAUUUACCUCGAGCAACUCUGAGGACCAGCUCAUCACUGCUCACACGUUACCCCGAACCAAGCCCAGGAACAGGAAUCCUCUACGUCACAAUCCAUUCCUGCUGAAUACUGAAGACGACGAGGAAGAAGAGGAAGAGGAUGACGAUGGGGACAACCUCAGCGGUUACCUUGAAGACUCUUCUUUUCACCUCCACAGUGACACCAACUUGACCCUGGACGACGGGAUUGCUCCUUUCCAUCUACAUGACCUCAGCUUUGCUUCUGAACCUUUUCUUCUGCACAGCUCGGUGAGCGGAAGCCACCGGAACUCCCUGAGGGCGGUAGCUUCAGACCUCUCGAACCACCUUGAGGACCUGGACAUCCGAGGCUUGGACAACCAGCGCCGCCACGGCAGCAGCGGCUCAAACAUGUCCAUGGAUUGUGGAGAGCAGGACUGGGGUGAUGACGAUGAAGAUGAAGAUCACCCUAUGAGGUGUGGGCGAAGCAGCAAGACCGGCUCCUACUCGUCCAGCUCCUCCACACAGCACUGCUCCUGCUGUGCGCUCUCUCAGAACUACCCCCAGCACUUCUCCGAGCCUUUCUCAGAGUGCCAGCAGGGCUACGGCAGCGACUCCUCGUGUAACAGCUCGGACGGUGUGCUCGUGAGUUUCAGCGCAAUCUACAACAAGAUGAACAACGGCAUCCCGGAGAAGCCUCCUGUCUCUGGGCACACAAACCUAAACAGCUCCACCGACCACUCCUGCACCUCGUCUGUCUCUGACCCACAUGGACACCCACAGGACACGACCAGAGGAGCUUUCUACUUGGACCUCCACACCUCCCCAACUGAACCUCCGCUGUUACAGCAACAGCCGCUCUGCAUCGACGGCACAUUCCCUCAAAUCCGAGAACCACACCUCUCCACGUCAUCCACCUGCUCCUGCGCUGUGGAACACCAAGGGGUUCUUGACCUCGAUGCCAACUGCAACUCCUUCCACCCUCCACACUCUGGCUCAUCUGGAGACCUGGCCUCCUGUCUGCAGAGUCAGGCUCGCCUGGUUGUCGCCACCCAGAACUAUUACAAACUGGUGACCUGCGACCUUUCAUCCCAGUCUUCCCCGAGUCCUGCAGGCUCCUCAGUCAACAGCUGCUCUGACGAACACAGCAAAGGAAGCCCGACCCCGACACAGCCCAGCCAGUACUUUCUAUUCAGGCAGCAAGCUGAUGAGGAGGGCGUAGAAGAAGAGGAGGAAGAUAGAGAAUCACCAAGGCGUGAUGAUGAUGUCGACGGAGAGGAAGAAGAAGAAGAAGAAGAGGAGGAGGAGGAAGAGGAGAAUCAGCAAGAAGCUGGUGGAGCUGAAGCCGCUCCUGCCGUGAUCGAAGGCCAGGUGUACGUCAACGUCUCCCCUCCUGUGGUCACCCGCGCCGUCAUCGGCGGCGGUGGCGUGACCUCAUCAGGAGGCCGUCCCCGCUCUCGCAGCUACGACCGCAACCUGGACCAGUCUCCGUCUCCUCGCCUCGGGUCUCUGGAGCGGAUGCUGAGCUGCCCCGUGCGUCUCAGCGAGAACGCCGCCCCGACCCCGCCUCCUCCUCCGCGAGUCACUUCCUUCGCGGAGAUCGCGAGGAGCAAACGGAGGAACGGAUGCACGGGGGGGUCGCCGUCGCAGAAAGCGGCCGCAGACCCCUUCUCCUCCACUUACUCCACCCACUCCCACUCCUCUGUGGAAUUCUCUCCGAUCCUGGAGCAGCAUGUGGAGAGCGACUGUCACAGCCUGUCACCUGUUCCCUUCACCAGGUGCUACAGUCAGGGCAGCAUCGAGAGACACCUGGAGGGGGCGAGGGAGACCAGAUCCAAGGCUGAAGGUGGUCUCUCGACUUCCUCGGACAGCCGCCCGGCGGUGGUCCGCUACAGAAAAGACCAGCGCCCCACCACCCUCCCCAUCCAGCCCUUCACCUUCCACCACCAGUUCGCCUCCAAGCCUCCUCAGCCCAAGCCCCUGCUGCCCAUCCUGACCGGCUACCUCUCCGGGAUGCAGGCUCAAUCCAGCUCCGGCUCCGGCUCUGGAUCGGACUCUGGGGGUCCCGUCGGGGAGGACGGUGAGGAUGCAGCUGAAAACCUGCACAGGUUCCAGGGGACUCUCUCUGCAGCCGCGCCUCCUCCCGGCUCAGUUCGACCCUCGCCUCUCGGAAGCUACUCCCCGGUUCGACUUCAGGGUACGACCAGCUCCGGGACCUGCUCCACCUGCUCCCCGAGCCCCCAGCCGUCACACAGUCUCUCCUGCCCGCUCUCUGCAGGACUCGGCCCCCUGCACACCCCACCCACGGGGAAGCAGGGAGGGGGUUCAGGGCCGUCUACACCUCCACCUCCGUCUCUGGGGAUGAAGAGAGGCGGGGUUCCUCCGAUGCUGCCGGCUGUGCAGGGACACUGUUUCCAUCGAGGAGCUCUGCCUGCUCUCCAGGGGGACACUCUGAGUCCACUGGGCUACAUGGACUCUGGAAACCACAUGGAGGGAGCCAAAGGAGCUGGAUCAAGGUCACACAAUGGAAUGGGUCAGUCGGCGAAGCUACAGCAGAGCUACAGCGACUUCCUCCCCGAUUAUUUCUCCCUGACGGAGAAGCCACCGGAGGAGUUCUGCCUCUCCCCCGACGCCUCCACCUCCUCCUCCUCCUCCUGCUCUUCGUCACAGUCACACAUCUCUGUGGAUAUGACGCAGAAGAGAGGUUUGGUGAAAGCCGUGAACACAGCCGUGGAUCUGAUCGUGGCACACUUCGGCACCAGUCGAGACCCGGAUGUAAAGGCUAAACUCGGGAACAGCUGGGUGAGUCCAAACGUGGGUCACCUCAUCCUGAAGUACCUGUGCCCGGCCCUGCACAAGAUCCUGCAGGACGGUCUGAAGGCCUACGUGCUGGACCUGAUCAUCGGACAGCGGCGCUGUCAGCCCUGGAGCCUGGUGGAGGCCUCCACCCAGCUCGGCCCGUCCACUCGUGUCCUCAACAGCCUGUUCUCCAAGGUCAGCCAGUUCUCUGAGCUCACCAGCCACAGCAUGAGACUCAACGCCUUCAUCUUCGGACUCCUCAAUCUGAAGUCUUUGGAGUUCUGGUUCAAUCAUCUCUACACACAUGAAGAUAUCAUAGCAGCACACUACAACCCGUGGGGUUUCCUGCCCCUGUCCCAAGGGGUGUGUCAGCCCCUCUUUGAGGAGCUCCUCCUCCUCCUGCAGCCUCUGUCGCUCCUCCCCUUCGACCUGGACCUCCUCUUCGAACCGCACCUCCUCCAGAGAGGCGAGGAGCACCUCCGCCGCAAAGAGCAGCUGUGCUCCGCCGGCCAGACAGUCGACCAAUCAACGCGCUCCACCUUCCAGCUCAUGAGAGGAUGGAGCGCCACGGUGAGCGAGAUGGUGCGAGACUCGAGCUCGGAGGUGAAGAAGGAGAGAGGGCUGCUGAGGCGGGAGGGGACGUGGCCGAGGAUGGAGGGAGUCGGGGCGAGGAGAGAGGGAGGAGGAGCCAGUUUGAGGGCAAGGAAGGAGGGGGGGUCAUCUGAGAGCGUGAUGAGCGGGCGUGUGAGCAGGCAGACGGCGGCGGAUGUAGGGUUUCUCUGGAAGGACAGGGGGGUCGGGGGGCAGAGAGUCAAGGGGGUAGGACAGGAGAGUCAAGAAGGAGGCGAGGAGAGUGACAGAAGGAAGGAGAAGGAUACAGCGGAGGAGGGACGUCAGCGGCAGGAGAGACAGGCGGGGUGGUGGUACCAGCUCAUGCAGUCCUCUCAGGUCUACAUCGACCAAUCAACAGAGGGGUCAAAGUUCAUCAAGACCGAGAAGAGGAAGAAGUCAUCGGAGAGACGGAACGGCCAGCUCCCGCCCACCAGAGAGGGAGUGGUGGAGGGGGCGGAGUCAAACCCAGAAGGGGAGGGCUUCAGGAGCAGGAAGAGUAGCAGCAGCUCCAGCGGGGACUCGGCCGGAUCCAGAGGGAGGCCGUCCUGGAUGGGGAGUCCACCAGAGUCCGUUCUCACCCAAGACAAAGAGACUAAACCUCAGAAGGGACUUGCAGGGACAGGGGCCCCUGCUGCAGCCUCAGAGGAGAGCCCCUCACAGGGACAGGGAAUGCGCUGGGGGAGGCUCUUUGGAUCCAGUCUUGGUUCUCCUUCCAGAGGGGAGGGGGUCGAGCAGAGGGCCAAAACUCAAACAACAAGACCGCCGUCAGGCUGGCUCUCUCUGGACAGAUCUGUUCUGGGUCUCGUGGCUCAGACUAUCGGAGCAGGGAGUGUUAAGAAGGCGGAUUCUCCCGUCACGUCAACUCACACUCAAGCUGCACCACCACCGAGGUCAGCCCAGCCUACUGAAGCCAGACACAAGGCUCCUUGUGAAGUCCGAGCUCUGUGUCACCACAUAGCGACGGAGCCCGGCCAGCUGAGCUUCAACAAGGGCGACGUCCUGCAGGUCCUGAGCAAGGCCGACCCGGACUGGCUGCUCUGCUCCCUGGGCUCCACACAAGGUUUAGUCCCCAUCAUCUACGUGACCCUGAACAGCCUGGAGGAGAGCCAGGAGGCCGCCCGACUCGAGGAGUGCUGAGCCGCAGACGUGACGAUUCUCAAACACUGUAGAAAACACGAAGCGAACGGAGACGAUGUACAGACACAUGCAAAGGGAAGCAUGCAGGCUCACACCCACUUCAAGGAGACACCCAGACACGUAUGCAUGCAUACAUCCAAAAAAACCAAAAGACCAGAAACCAACCCAAAGACUCCAAAAACACACCUGACGCUGUGUCGCUUAACUCUGUGACCGUCCCGGCUAAAUCCAUCGAUCUCUGCUUUCAGCUUCACGACAGAGGGGUGCAACUUUAACGUUAGAUAGAGACACCACGCCUCGCCGCACUUUGCUUUACUGUCUGUACUCUCACCGAGCUGUGCCACGCUCUGAACUCAGUCCGCAGUUUUUCCCCUCACAGGAAAGAAAACUUUAAGAUCCAUGAGUGCUUCGGUUUCAGAGCUGUGAUUCAGUUAUUAUUCAAAGAGUUGAAAACCUCACAGGACUUGGUUACAGUGGCUGACAAACCUGAGUAGCAUUUAUGCAAAAUAUGGAGUUUAUAACCGCUUCCAUCCCCUCCGUUCGUCUUCAUGGAGUGCCCUCUUUGAUUUAAAGCAAAAUACUCACCUGAGUCUGGACUGACUGGACGCCUCUCUCUUGGGUAAGGAUGGGAAGCUGACGUGUUGAUGUUCUAAUGCUUUGUUUUAGCUUGAAGGUCAUCAAAAAGGAGGGAAUCUGAUAGAUUAGCAUCAUUUCACAGCAACUUGGAGGACAAGGCUGAAACAAUCUGUAGAGUUAAAACAACAUUCCUUAUAUCUUGUUUCGCUUCUGUAAGAUGAGACACACAUAAUGACAUUUAAUCAGUUCCUUAACUUGCAUCCAGAAGUCUUUCGUUCUGUAGUUUUGGCUUGGAGUCGGUUGAAUGCUAACAUUAGCAUUUAAAGGGACAGUGUGUAAGUAAUUAGCAGCAUUCAGCAGAACAGAGUUGCUAUAAAUGGAGUAUAAUAUUCUUAAGUUUGCUUUAUAUAUACAUAAAUACAUAUACAAAUGAUCAGUCAACUACUGUUGCAUGGUAGCUGAUGUUAGCAUCUAGCCAACCUCUAGCUACUUUACCGUUUCUUGGUAUCACAGGACAAUAAUUCCAGGCUAACAUGCAUUAGCCAGUGUUUGAUUUAAAGCUAAUGUGCGCUCUCAUUUAAACUGAAAAGACGAAACUAUACAUUUAAUUUCACGUUUAGCUACAGCUAAUAAGAUAGCUAGUUUUAGCACUGAACCCUAAUCUUACAAACUAAACUAGCUAGGCAGUAAUAUCUUGUUUUACCAUCAAAUAGUUACUUAAGCUAGCUUAAAGUAGCUGUUAUCUUGAUAAUCAAUUUCGUAACGUUAACAGUCGACCAAUUUCUUGCUAACGUUACCCUUAGCGAAGAAGUUGUCUCUUGUUAUCGGUUAUUUUAGCCGCAAAGACGUGACUUUCAGCUUUAUAAUUUUCAUCCUUUAUUUUAACAUGCGCUAACGUACGCUAGGCUUGAAUUCAAACAUUAGCUUUUGUCUUUCAGUUUAGACGAGCGCUAACACUAGCUUUCAGUCAAACUCUUGCUAGCUUGAGCGUUAGCUUGAAAUUUGUGUCGUGUGUUGUUGAAAUGUCAAAUUGGAAAUCGUAUUUAAAUCUAAAAAAAAAACAUUAGAUGACAUGUUACCUUCUGUUAGACGACAACGGUAACACUGCUAACGUUACAGUUAGCUAGGAGAAUGUAUCUUGUUACACUAUCAGAACAUUCAAGCUAGCUAAGAUUGACAGCUAAGCUAAGCAAGUAUAAAAUAUGUUGUUUUAAAUAAAAAAGAGACGUUAUCUCACUUAUGCAAAACAGUGCAGUAGCUAGAAAAUGGCUGAAUGUUAGCAUUAGCGCUAGUCUAAUAGAAGCUAACGGGUUAUCAGGAGUGUUGUUUCACCUUGUAGUACGGUGUGAUGUCACUCUAGAUUCACCUGUUUGGAAAGUGACGACUCCAGAAGCAGUGAAUUCAUCAUCAUUUAUCAGAUUCUCUCCGUUUCUUUGAUUUGAGAGGACGAUAACGGUGACCAUUUGAACAUUUAGCGUACGUAGAGUCGCCUGAAAGUGUCUAUUUCCCCUCCAAUCCUUCAUUUUAAAAAGGAUCCUUCACACUCUAGUGACUGCACAUGUUCAUCUGACCUGCUGGUUCAUUCUGUAAAUGCAUUUCUGACGUCGAGUCCGCCUAAACUGGGAGAGGAUGUCCAAUGAAAGCAAAACGUAGCCGUGGAGACGUGUGCCGGUGGCUCUUUGAGAAUGUGUCGGAAACUCUACGCUAACGAAAUCAUCGCCGAUGUAAUAGUUUGUGUGGCGUUUAGAGGAGAUAACGUCUUUGCCUUAAAGUGCUUUUAGGAACAAAGGGAGGCCUGCGAUCUGAUAUUCGUCCUGAUGUUAUAUUUUGUAUUUUGCGAUUUCCUCGGCAGAGAUUCUUUAAAGAUAACGUGACGACACAGAGGUGAUGUAAAGCCGAUAUUUUUGAUGAUUUAAAGGGAAACGAGCGUUAGCAGCAAAAUGAGUCGACGAGAACUUAAAGCAUAGAGUUAUCCAGGAGAGACGACGAGUGUGUACAGACGCCCAAUAAGAUAUGACACAGUAUAAAGUAAAUGUACAUUUAUUACAUAAAUGAAUGCUCGUGUAGUUUUUGAGAUACCUGUUGUUUUUUUUUGUACAGUUUGUACAGUCAUUUAAUUUCUGCAGAAACAAUUUAAUACUUAAUUUCAUUGAACUGUAAAUAUAUUUAAUUCUUCAAUGAUUCUGUUCUGCCUCAGAGGUUUACGUAUGAAUGUUAUUAGUGCAUUAAAUGUCGGAUACAGGAAGCAGGAGGGAGCCGUAGAGUCAGUGCUAACACGCAGUUUGCUCUUCAUUGACAUCCUGAUGGCACAGAGAGACGUGGAGGCUCAGAGGUCAGAGGUCAGAGGUCAAGGCAGAUUCACUUUUGUUUUUUUAGCGUUUGAAGAGCUGAGAUGUUGUGCUUUAAAGUGCUUCACUGGUAUGAGUGAUAAAGAGAGGCAGAUCUCUCUCUCUCUCUCUCUCUCUCUCUCUCUCUCUCUCUCUCUCUCUCUCUCUCUCCUCCAGCUGCCUCCUCUCUGCCUGUAAAUACCUUCAGCAUCAGUGACACUGCUCUCCUCUCUGCGUCCAGGCUCUAUGAUGUAAACGUACGACAUUAUCAAACUGCUAUGGAUGUUAAAUAACAAAGUGCUCAUGUGAUCACAAACUGAAA